AUGUUUUUCAACAUUAAUUUUUACAAAAUACAUGGAAGCAACUCUCAUGGCCAAUUAGGUCAAGGAAGUCUCAUUGAUCAGUUAUUAGUUCCAACUGAGAUAGACUUCAGUGUAGAAGCUAAAUGCAUCACUGGAGGUGGAAAACACACAGUUUUAAUAACUUCUACCAAUGAUGUAUUUAUUUGUGGUGAUAAUGACAAAGGACAACUGGGGCGAAAGUUAUCUACCAUUGCAUUACAUGUAUUUCAGCCAAUAAAUUCUUCUAUUAAAGUUUUAAAAGUAGCUUGUGGUUGGGAUUUUAAUUUAGCUUUAACUGAAAAUUUUAAUGUUUUGGGUUGGGGUUCAAAUUCUUUUGGACAAUUAGGAUUGCCUUUAGAAAAAAUUAAAUACAUAAGUACCCCAACUGUUAUAUUUAGUAAUGAAGCAUUGCAAAUUAAAGCUGGCCUAAGACAUUCUGUUAUUAUCGAUACAAAGGGAAUAGUUUUUACAUCAGGUUAUGGUAGAAAGGGUCAAUUAGGUUUGUGUUUUAACAAUAGUAUUCCUGUUAAGAUUGAUAAAUUUACAAAAGUUGAGGGUAUUGACAAUUGUCAGGAUGUAUCUUGUGGUGAAUGUCAUUGUAUUGCCCAAACUACCAAUGGGGAAUUUUACUCAUGGGGAAAUAAUAAAUAUGGACAACUUGGAUUUGACCCAAGUAUAGUUACUUUUCUUUCCACGCCAAAAAAAUUAUUUUUAAAAGUAAAAAAUCCUAGUUGUAGUCAAUUAUUUAGUGGUUGGGCUCAUAAUUCUAUACUUACAGAUGAAGGGCACUUAAUUACAUGGGGAAGAAAUGAUUUAGGGCAGUUAGGAGAAGAAAGAGAGAAUGCAUGGGUACCUAGCCCAUUAAAAAGUUUAAAUAGAAUUAAACAAAUAUCGCUUGGCUCUCAUCAUUCAGUCGCACUUACAGAGUCUGGAACUGUAUUUACUUGGGGUUGGAAUGAACAUGGAAAUUGUGGUAAUGAUAGCUCAGAAGACUUGCUUACACCACAUAUGUUAAAAAAAAUUUCAAAUGUUAAAUUGGUAGGAUCUGGUGCUGCACAUAGUUUUCUUUGCUUAUAG